AUGACAGAAAGGCAGCCAGAGAGGGGGACGGGCGAGGAGCAGCGGACCCAGCAGACGCAAUCAAUGUCGCAGGCAGCAGCUAAUAAUACUAAUAAUUCGCAGCGCCACGUAAAUCAAGAGCCUGAGUCAGCGGUGUUUUGCUUGGCGUCGACGCCGGAAGUGCUCGUGAAGGUAUACACCACUAACAACCAAGUACCUUUGAAAGCAACAACUCCACAUCAAGUAUACGCCCCAUGUGGCACACCCAGCUUCCCCUUAUAUCACGUAUACGCCCCUUUGCACCUUGGAUUUCCACAAAUGAUACAGCUAGGAAACCGCAAAAAUUCCGGUGAUGCAGUCCCGCACAUAAGCAUCACAAUGACCAGGCGCAACCCAGCGCUGGCCAGCUCAUCACCCGUGGCGAUGGCUACUCAGGAAUUUCCCAUAAUUAAAAAGCAAUUUGUUAGCUUUCCCAAUUAUCGAACGGUGGCGAAUGAAGAUGGGCCAAAGACAACGCCCGCAACAACAACUGUGACGCAGCGGGGAACCGCCAGAGACACUGAAAUAGACGGAGGAGGAGGCAGUGUACAUAAGGUGUUUGAUAAUGAACCCGAGGCCGAGAGGAGGGCAACGACGACGAAGGCGGCAGCAUUAAACUUGAACGUGGUGGAGGCGGUGGCGAAGGAAAUCGAGCAUCAACAGGCGGAAAAUCUUAAUGACGCCUUCGGCCAGCGACACGACCACAAAGGCAGAGUCAGCGACGACGCCAUGGAUGUGGAUGUGGCCAAAAAUAAACGCGAAAUAUGCGAGCAAAGCAAAUUAGAGAAGGCCGAAGAUCAUAAUGAGCUAAAUAUGACUGAGAACUUGGCGGAUCAAGAGCAGCAGCAACAGCAGCAGCAGCGGCGGCAGAGGCAGUCAAUAUGCUUGGCCAGGGAGCAGACAAUAGAUGGGGAUGGGUAUGGGUAUGGGUAUGGGAAUGGCAACCACCAGUGGCAGCUAUCCGGCGAUCUCUCAGCCACAGACGCGCGCGAAUCGUCGCCAGAGCAAGUGGACGUGAAUAAUCUCGGUCGGCAGCAACUGACCCGCGAGCGGAAUCGGACUCAGAAUCGCUAUCGGAAUCCGUGUCCAAAUAUAGAAUUACUGAAGAGUUCCGUGCGCGCCUUUCUCGCGGACAGCUCUCCGAUCGACUGGGAUUGGGACUGCGAUUGGGAGCUGCUUGAACUUUUGACCAACGCCAUCGAGCUGCUCUGCGCCGCGCCUGCGGACACGGGUAACUUUUGGAGCGAGGAGGCGGUCCAGGCCGAAGCGGACAUGACCGUCAGCAAGGUCAGCGAGGAGCGGGAGACAGAAACCGUCGACGUUUAUCCCGCCGCCGUUGAGCAACUCGAACAGCCCCUAGACUUGGAGUCGGAGCUGGAUAACAAUAACAAUAAUAGCAGCAGUAGCAGCAUCCCCGUCAUCAUCACAGAGCCCAUCGAUAUGAAGUAUUCAACGAGUACUGCCAGUAGGAUUCCCAGGGCGGAGCUAUCCCAGCCCGUGAUUCAACCCAGUAGCAGGCCAAGUGCCACGAGUCGUGUACGCGAUGUAACGGAUGUACAGCCUACCAGCCGGACUACGACAACUCCUCUGCUGGGCGAACUUAAGCGCAGCUCCACCGAAGCCUCCUCCAUCGACACGGACUCAGUGCUGCCGGAGAGGACGCGUCUCCGGCGACAGCGACGUAUGCGCUCGCAGGAUUCCGUAGAGGAGAAGCCAGAGGAUGUGAUCGAGCGCAUAAACAAGCUGAAGGCCCGCAUUUCGGGAGCCCUCAGCGAGGUGAAGGGUGUGCUCAAGCAGUACAGCACGGAGAGCGAGGCGGAGGCUGGUUCUCAGGAGCUGCCUAAGCCAUCAACAAAGCCACCACUAGCUGCUGCGGAACCAGCUCCAGUGGCCUUUCGCUUUGUGACAAAAGUGCGGCGACGCAGCUACUUCGACGAGGCCGAGGAGGAGAAGGAGCAGGCAGCAUCCGCCAAGGAUAAUGAAAAUCAGAGCAAUCAGGGCCAUCUUUCUGUGCCACAAAGGGAUACCAAAGUUAAGAGAGAGCAGACGCCCUUUGCCUUUCCUGAUAAAAAGGAAGCAAGUCCUAAUUUGGAAACUAAAGGAAAAGAAAGCCAAAAUAUAAGGGUGAAAGUUGGACUUCAGGAGAAAGAUUGUCAAGGAUCUAAAGAGCAUCAGGAGUCCGAGACCACGGUCGAUGGUCAAGUAAAAUCAAAAGAAUUUAAAGAGGUUAAAAAAGAUUCAGCUGAAUCCUUCGAGAGAAUCAAGGAAGAAAAAUAUCCUGAAAAAGAUGAAAAAGAAAUACUAAAAUCUAAUCUGCAGGAGGAGCCACCAAAGGUUAAUGGUGAGCUACCCAGGACAGAUCUGGAUAUGGGCAAACUCCCCGAAAAGAGCAAAAGCCAGACUAAGAUUGAGUUCCUUGCCAAGGUGCAAAGUGAGCUAAAGUCCAAGUCAGUGAGGGAAGCAAGUCGUAGAGACGCAUCACCCAAAGAAACAAUAACCAAGGAACGAACUCGAGAGGAUUCAGUUUCCAAGGAUGUAGUAACCAAGGAACUGAAACCCAAUGAAGUAAAAUCUAGGGAAGCAUCGCCAAAGGAAACAACACCAAAGGAAGCAGCAUCUAAGGAAGCAGCAACUCCAAAAAAAGCAGAAUUAAAGGAUGUUGCUUCCAAGAAAUUAGCUUCAAAAGAAGCAUCGCCCAAGGAAAAAUCUCCAAAGGAAGAGACCCCCAAGGAAGCCACUUCCCAUAAACCUGCGAAAAUUAAACCCGAACUAGUAGUCACCCCCGCCAAUGAUGCUGGGCCGCAGCCAGAUGAGUCAUCCGUAGAGCAGCCCAUGCCCAAGAUCAAGAAGAAAGUCAUCGUGAAGGCAAAGAACCCGAGGCGAGCCUCAAUAGCCGCUGUGGAGCCAUCCAAGAUCAAGGUGGAGCCGGCCGUCGAGCAGAUCGAUGCUCUCAUCAUUCAGCGGAGGCCCUCCGACUCGGAGGCGAUUGUCAAGCGCAAGAAGAAGCUGAAAUUAAUGAGUGCAGCCGCAUCCCCAACCGAAUCCCCGCCAGCAGCAGCAGCCGUAAAAUCAACAACAACUUCCGGCAAUCAGAGGGAGGCGACGCCUUCAAUAGCCGAAGAACAAUUGGCAACGCCAGAGGUCACAUCAGUGGCAGCCAAGUCGGCCAGUGCCAAGAGUGAUCAAGGAGAGGCGACAACGGAGGUAGUGACAACUACAGCAUCCACGCCAACGGAGGCAAUCGAUGUUGAUCCGGCGAUCAAUGGCAAUCUAGCGCCAGCAGGCAAUCGAAGCAGACGCGCCAGCCUGAAACUAGCGGAGUUGGUUGGUGAAACGGUGCUGGUGGUGCCGGCAGCACCCCAUCCAGUCCCAGCCACAGAGGCAUUGCCUCCAACCGAGUCCAAAGAACCCAUUAAUCAGGAGACGCAGCUGCAGGUGCAAGCAGCGCCUCAACAGGUGGCCAUCGCCGCUGACAUUGCGCCGCAAAUAGCGACGACAUUGAGGCAGGAAGAGUCAUCGCCAGAGCAGCAGCAGCCAGCGGAGGCGGUCGAAGCAACAAAAGUCGGAGAACAGGCGCCUCCCGGCGACAGUCUAGCCACCAUGCCGGAGCUGAAAGUACUCGCGGGUCCGGUGCAGCCCGUCAAGAUCGAGACGGUUGAGCAGCCCCACGAUGAGGCCAAGGGACAGGAGCCGCUGGUCAAGAAGAAGGCACCUACGCACCUCAAGAAACUGGUGCGCAAGAAUUCCAUAGACAAGAAGGAUGAGGCCAAGCAGGACCAGAAGCAGCAGGACUCCAACAAGCUGAGCAACAUACUGCGGGACAAGAACAAGAUCAACGAGCUGUCCUCCAGGAUCAACAAGCUAACGCCGCCCAAGAAGCAGGCCGUUAAGCCCAAGGAGGAGGAAAAGAAAAUAGCAAACGAAGAGCAGAAAGAGGAGCAGCAGCUAACGGAAGAAGCCCCAGCGGAGGAGGCUCCACUAGAAAUAGAGGAACCCGAAACGGAACCUGCGCCGGAGCCGGAGCCCGCGCCCAAGCCCAAGAAGCCGCGCAAAAUCAAAAAGAAGGUGAUCAUCAAGCGACAGAAGCGACGCCUCUCCAUUGGCGACACAUUCUUCCUGCAGCCAGAGCCCGAGGAGCCCACGAUUCCCGAGAUCGAGACCAUUGAAAAGGCCAUUGCCUACGUGACCGAUGACGAGGAGGAGGAGGAGGAGCAGCCACCCCAAGAGGAGCCCAGCAAAGCCCUCAAAUCCUGCAUGCAUGUCCGGGAGUACAAGAUCGGGGAUCUGGUGCUCUACGCCGAACGCUUUCGCAAGACCCAAGUGCGCUGGAAACGCGGCCGAGUGCUGGAGCAGAUCACCAGCAUCUCGUACAAGCUGGAAAUCGAGGGCAAGGAGGUGCCCGCCCACGUCAGCUACAUUAAGAAGUACACCGGACGGAAGGUGCGCUUCGGGGGCAAGGAGUACCUGGAGAUUGACUACGAGCAGGUGGCCGAGGAGGAGCGCCGGGCGGCCAGCUACAGCAUAUGGAACAUGGUGUAGGUGCAGGACCAAACCAAAAACCAAAACCAACCCAAAACCCCAGUGGCGUCCAGUGUCCGGUUACCUUUGAGUGGAAUUAAAAGACUCCCUGGCCCGGGCUCAGGGGGAUUUUUGAAGGAUCUCAACUCGACAUUCAGUAAUGUUUAGUGUUCAGUCUAGAGCUUAGUGUUAUCCUAGUGUUUAGUGUAACUUAUUCCAGGAUUCCAGGAUCGCUGUGGAUGUGGCCCCGCGAUGCGGCCUUUCGUUUACAUUUUAAGUACUCUGUAUGUGUAAAUAUAAAAACAAGCAAUUUAAUGUUAAAUAAAGCGGAAAAUAUUUCAGUUA